AUGGGAGACAUUAUCAAGGAGGAAAAUGGCACGAAGCGCAAGGCUUCGGAAGACCCCGCCUCGCCCGCCGCAUCGAAGCGCAUUAGGCAUGACGAGUCUGUCGACGCAACCGAGGAAAAGAAGCCCGUGGCCAUGAAACCAAUCCCAUUUCCUGAGAAGCCUGCCGUUAUCGAAGAGCGCAACGGCGAAAUUGAAUUCCGAGUUGUGAAUAACGAUAACGAGCGCGAGUCACUGAUCAUUCUCACCGGGCUGAAAUGCAUAUUCCAAAAACAACUUCCCAAGAUGCCGAAAGACUACAUUGCGCGUCUAGUAUACGACCGUACGCAUUUAUCGAUUGCCAUAGUCAAGAAACCAUUAGAGGUUGUUGGCGGAAUCACGUAUCGACCAUUUAAGGGUAGACAGUUUGCAGAAAUUGUGUUUUGCGCCAUUAGCUCCGACCAACAAGUCAAGGGGUACGGUGCACAUCUCAUGUCCCAUUUAAAGGAUUAUGUUAAAGCAACCAGCGACGUCAUGCACUUCCUGACGUACGCGGAUAACUACGCUAUUGGGUACUUUAAGAAACAAGGGUUCACUAAGGAAAUCACUCUUGAUAAAAGUGUCUGGAUGGGAUACAUUAAGGAUUACGAAGGGGGCACCAUUAUGCAGUGCUCCAUGCUACCCCGGAUCCGAUACCUCGAAAUGGGCCGUAUGCUGCUCAAACAAAAGGAAUGCGUGCAGGCCAAGAUACGCGCAUACUCGAAAUCGCACAUUGUCCACGCACCGCCAAAGGAGUGGAAGAACGGCGUCAGAGAAAUCGACCCUUUGGAUAUCCCUGCCAUUCGCGCAUCCGGCUGGUCCCCCGACAUGGACGAACUGGCCCGCCAGCCCCGACACGGCCCCAACUACAACCAACUCCUGCACCUGCUCAACGACCUCCAAAACCACCAGUCUGCGUGGCCGUUCCUCGUCCCCGUUAACCGCGACGACGUGGCCGACUACUACGAGGUCAUCAAAGAGCCCAUGGACCUCAGCACCAUGGAGAACAAGCUCGAGGCGGACCAGUACGCCACCCCGGAGGACUUCACCAGAGACGCCAAGCUCAUAUUUGACAACUGUCGCAAGUACAAUAACGAGAACACGCCGUAUGCAAAGUCAGCUAAUAAGCUCGAGAAAUUCAUGUGGCAGCAAAUCAAGGCCAUCCCGGAGUGGUCGCACCUCGAGCCGGAGAAAUAG